AAUUUACCUUUGACCAAGAUCAAGAGAGGGCGUAUCGUUUUAAGCAUGGCGGACUCGGGAGAAAAAUUGAGCAAGAAAUCAUAAUAACGCACACAGCCAGCUGAUUUUGCCUGCCUUCUCUAUCGCGGCAGUCCACCAGUCAUUCCCAAUGUUUCCAAGGGCCGUUCAGAUCGGAAGGGUUGGGUGUAGGCUCUUGGGGGGAUCCCACACAGCGCAACUCUUUCCUAAAUCUAUGAAUGCAACCCUCACCAGGACUGUGUCAUCUCAAACUGAUAAUCCGAGUGAGCUGAAGAGGAGGGAGAAAGCUGCCAAGAAGGCCAAGGAGAAGGAGGAGAAGGCACAGGCUCUAGCUGAGAAACAAGCCUCAGCAGGGCAAACAUCUAAGAAGAAGGCUGAAGAUGAAGAAACGCUUGAUCCUCGAGAAUACUUCAAGAUCCGUUCCCAGGCAGUGGAAGCGCUGAAGGCUGCAGGAGAUCACCCGUACCCUCACAAGUACCAUGUCUCUAUCUCGCUCACCGAGUUCAUCGAGAGGUUUGACUACCUCAAGUCGGAGGAGAUUGCAGAGGAAGUUUUCACUCUAUCAGGACGUGUCCAUGCCAAGAGAGCAUCUGGAGCCAAACUCAUCUUUUAUGAUCUCAGAGGGGAAGGGGUCAAACUCCAGGUCAUGUCAAACGCAAGGUAUUUUGCUUCGGAGGAUGAAUUUUUCAGAUUAAAUGAAAAGAUCAGGAGAGGUGACAUCAUCGGUGUCAAAGGAAGACCAGGGAGGACAAAGAAAGGAGAAUUGAGUAUACUGCCAUCUGAGAUCUCUCUACUCUCACCAUGCCUACACAUGCUUCCACAUUUACAUUAUGGCCUCACGAAUAAGGAGACCCGCUUCAGGCAGAGGUAUCUGGACCUGAUCAUGAACGACUAUGUCAGGGAUAAAUUUAUAACCCGUUCAAAGAUUGUUUCCUACAUACGACGAUUCUUUGAUCAGCUUGGAUUCCUUGAGGUGGAAACACCAAUGAUGAACAUGAUAGCUGGAGGAGCCACAGCUAAGCCAUUUAUCACCCAUCAUAAUGACCUCAACAUGGACCUCUUUAUGAGGGUUGCGCCUGAACUGUACCUGAAGAUGCUUGUUGUUGGUGGUCUACAAAGGGUGUAUGAAAUCGGCAGGCAGUUCCGCAAUGAAGGGAUCGACCUCACUCAUAAUCCGGAAUUCACAACGCUGGAAUUCUACAUGGCUUACGCAGACUACAAUGAUCUCAUGGAUAUAGCAGAAAAACUUCUCUCAGGUAUGGUCAAGUUUGUGACUGGGUCUACAAAGGUAACUUUCCAUCCAGAUGGCCCAGAGGGAGAGGCCCUAGAGAUUGACUUCACCCCUCCCUUCAGGAGAAUAUCAAUGAUAGAUGAGCUGGAGAAAGUACUGAAAGUGAAGUUCCCCCCUCUGGAAAACUUUGGCAGUGAUGAGACAAACAAGUUCCUAGAUGAUCUAUGUCGGAAGAAUGAGGUUGAAUGCACACCACCCAGGACUACAGCAAGGUUAUUGGACAAGCUUGUUGGAGAGUAUAUAGAAACCCAGUGUGUCAGUCCAACAUUCAUCAUGAACCAUCCUGAAAUCAUGAGCCCUCUUUCCAAAUGGCAUCGAUCAAUUCCAGGACUCACAGAACGCUUUGAAUUGUUUGUUGCUCGUAAAGAGAUUGUCAAUGCCUAUACAGAGUUGAAUGAUCCCAUUAUACAGAGAGAACGCUUUGCAAGCCAAGCCAAGGACCAUGCAGCUGGAGACGAUGAGGCUCAGCUGAUUGAUGAAAAUUUCUGUACAUCUCUGGAAUACGGCCUUCCUCCAACCGGUGGAUUUGGUUUAGGCGUUGAUCGUCUCGCCAUGUUCCUUACAGAUUCCAACAAUAUAAAGGAGAUUCUGUUCUUCCCUGCAAUGAAGCCAGAAGAUGGCAAACCUGUUGAUGGUCAACCUGAAGAGGGCGCUGCAGAUGCUCCAAACAAGUCAAGUUAAUGAUUAGCAAUCUAAUAUGGCAUUGCAAAAAGCUUGCAAUCAAUUGCAUGGAACAUCAAGUCUUGCAGUUGAUUGCUGGUGUGCUUCCUGUAAUAGAAAGUGUUUAUAAACUUUGCUACACUUAUGACUGAUCUGUGAAUUGCCAGCUGCAAUGGUAUUUGCAGUCAAUUUAAAUUGAAUUAAUUGCAACAUCCCCUGGUCUUGACUUCUAUACUUUACAAUUCACUAUCCCUGUUUUCACAUUCAUGUAUCAUGUUUUCAAUAUUUAUGAAUUGGUAAUAGAUGGAAUUCACUUUCUUGUAGAUAGAAUAGGACCACUUUAUAUCUUGGUGAUCUUCUUUUAAUUUAUGUUUGUCCUGUAACUUUUUCACCAUCAGCUCAAGAACGUGAAAAUAUAAGUAUUAGAUAAUACUCAUAAUUAAGGCUGUGAGUCAAAAAAUAUUAGGCAGCUUCAAAUUUUGCCUUUCAAAUGAUAUCUUUAUGAUAUGAUGCAUACUUUCUUUUCACUUGCCAAGAUUGUCAACAUUGAAAGUCUUAAUAGCCCGUUGCAGAAAGAUAUUCAAUCAAAUGCAACUUUUAAAAAUCACACACAACUUGGUUUUCAUCCAUUCAAAUGCAUGUAUGAAGAACUGGUGCUUUAUUUGUGUACAAACAUUUUUUUGUGCAACAGGGCCCCAGCCUGAUGGAGCAGUAACUUUUAUAAUUACUGUUAUAUACUGUUUCACUGACAUAUAUUUUAUACAUGCUCUUUGAUUACAAGUUAUUGAAACCUAAGGGUUGCUAAGAAGCCAGCCUAAUAUAGCAGCAAGUGCUUUAUGCAAACUAUAUUCUUUAUACAGUUUGUGAGUAGUUCUGAUGGUUGGAUAAUUUAUCGCAAGUCUAGAAAAGAAAAGUUCAUAUUCUGUCAACUAUGAAUGCUUUGUAAAAACCUAUGUUAUUGUAU